GCGACACAGGCUGCUUUCACGUCGCUGCUGAUGUGGUGUUCGGAAGUUAGCAUAGCUGCCACCGCGUCUCACUCAAAUUGUUUGAUAUAAUACGUUUUUUCACCUCAUCCAAUAUAAUGCCUUACUUUCAGACUUGGGAGGAGUUUGCUCGUGCGGCCGAAAAACUCUAUCUGACGGAUCCCAUGAAGGCCAGAGUGGUAAUCAAGUACAGGCACUGUGACGGCAAAAUUUGCAUUAAAGUGACGGACGAUUCCGUGUGUAUACAGUACAAGACGGACCAGGCUCAGGAUGUGAAGAAGAUUGAGAAGCUGCAUGGGAAAUUGAUGAGACUGAUGGUGUGCAAAGAGACGCACAGCGGCACGAUGGAGACAGACUAACAUAGUUGAGGAGUUUUGCUGCCCGGACUAAGUUCACUGUGGUUGCUGGGAGCACAGCACCGGCCUGAGUGGAAUUGAUGGGAGAGUAAUAGAAAAGUGGGACGAGGCGGAUUUAACGAACUAGAUGAGCUCAUUCAAUUCAAGCAGAGAUGUGAUUUGUAUAUGCUAUCUGUACAUUGAGUUUAGGAUUUACACAUGUUUCUAGUUAUUAUCCUGCAAGGCAUUAGAUCACAUUUUUGUGAUUGUCUGUGAAAGUGUAGAUGGGCAAAAUGCGAGGUAUGAGCUGAAAAGUUUUUUUGCUCAUUGAGCAACGUUGGCACCUUCAUUUUAUUAGAGGAGCUUUCAGUUCUUUUAAUUUGGGAUGACCCCUGAAGGUUUUCAAGUCUAAUUUAGAGUAAAUUAAGUGGCUAAAAUUUUAUUUGGACCCAAAUUGUACCCAUUAUAUGAACAUGACUUGAAACGAGACUUGAUUUUCUUACAAACCUCAACAUCUUUCAUAACAUUUGCUGACAACAGUUAUAUAUUCAAUAAAUGUUUAUUUACUCAUGUAGAA